ACAUCGAAUAUAAAUCAGAUAAACGCACGAUAAGAGCUACUAUACAAUUGAAGACAGUAUAUCAAAAUGACCGACCUACAAACCCAACCACCCUCCUCCCAAUACUACGUCCUCACCUUCCCAGCCCCUCACGUUCUCCUCGUAACCAUCAACCGCGAAAAUCAUCGCAACGCCCUCAACCACCAAGCCCACUGGGACGCCGAAGCUAUAUUCCGCUGGUUCGACAAUGAGACUUCCUUACGCGUCGCGAUCGUAACAGGUAAAGGAUCCAAGGCCUUUUGCGCGGGACAGGAUUUGAUUGAGCAGAGUAACAAUGUUGCGUCAAAAGAUGGCGGCAUUGGGGCCAAAAGAUCGGAGAGGUUAUUGUCUCAUCCACCCGGUGGGUUUAUGGGGUUGAGUAGACGGAGGGGGAAGAAGCCUGUUAUUGCGGCUGUGAAUGGGUAUGCGUUGGGUGGUGGGUUUGAGAUUUGUUUGAAUUGCGAUAUAAUCGUCGCCUCGCCAACGGCUACCUUUGGCCUCCCCGAGGCCCAAGUAGGUCUCUACGCUGCAGCCGGCGGUCUCUCACGCCUCACGCGCAUUUCAGGGCUGCAAAUCGCAUCCGAAAUAGCAAUGACAAACCGCAAACUCACUGCCACCGAAGCCCAGCAAUACUUACUUGUCAACAAAAUCAGCAAGUCACCCGAAACCCUGAUUGAUGAAGCUGUUGAAAUGGCGAUUAAGAUCUCGAAUCUGUCCCCGGAUUCGAUUAUUGUUACCAGGCAUGGGAUCCGAGAGGCUUGGGAGACGGGCAAUGUGGAACAGGCUACUAUUAGGACGCAGCAGGAGUAUACGGAGAAGUUGUUUGGAGGGGAGAAUUUUGCGAUUGGGGUUAAUGCUUUUGCGAACAAGACGAGGCCUAAGUGGGUUCCGUCAAAGUUAUAAUUUGCAACUGAUCUACAGAUAUAUACAACGUAUAUCUAGCUAUCUAUAUCCACAUAUAUACACCUGACCAGCCUAUUUAAAAAACUCCAACACAUUGGCAAUAACCUCCUCCGGCCUCUCCUCAGGAAUAUAAUGCCCCGAAUCAACCGCCUUCCCAUCAACACUCUGACUUGAAACCUUCCUCCACUCCUCCAACGGAUCAAAACAUUUCCCUACGACCCCAUACUUCCCCCAAAGCACCCUCAACGGACACUGCACUCUCCUACCUUCCGCAACAUCCUCCUCCGCUUCCCGUAAAUCAACACUCGCCGAAGCCCUAUAAUCCUCACACAUAGCAUGCACAGUCUCAUAAUCAGCCAAAUUGGCUUUGUACUCCUUUAGACAUUCUUCUUCAAACGGGGCUAGUCCCGCGUACCGUCCACCCAUAAAACUCUCCACCCAUACUUGCGGGUUUGUCAAGAUUGAGAUCUCGGGUAAUGGUGAUUGCUGAAUGAGGAAGAACCAGUGGAAAUAAGACUGUGCGAAUUCCUGCGUUGUUUGUGUAUACAUGGCGAGUGUGGGACAGAUGUCGAGGAGGAUUACCUUUUUCACGAGAUGGGGGUAAUCCACGCAUAGACGAUGAGUAACCCUUGCGCCUCUGUCGUGGGCACAGAUGUAGAAUGAGCUGUCGUUACCAUCACGACGUUUGAGUAAUUCGUCCAUAACUCGCACCGCGUCUUGAGCCAUUGCUUUCUUGCCGUAUUGUACAUGGCCCUCUCCACCGUCCGGUUUGGAUGAGCGGCCGUACCCGCGUAGAUCUAUGGCGACGACAUAGUAGGAUUUGGUCAGUUCGUCGGCGACACAGUGCCAGAUGUGGUGUGUUUGAGGGAAGCCGUGGAGUAGAAGAAGUGCUGGACCGGAGCCGCCGUGGAUGCCGUGGAUGGUUACGUCUUGUUCGACGGAGAUGUCGAAGGGAGUGAAUUGUUCAAACAUUUUUCUGUGUCUCAGGGAUUAUUGAUAUCUCCUGGAGAUGUUAGGAGAAUCUUACUUCUUA